GGCGGGGGUUGGAGGGCGAGGAGCAGCGAUUGUUGGAGACACACGCCGGGGCACACGCAGGCCUGGAGGCUCAGAAAUGCACGCGUGCACGCCCAGGGUUAGACCUCCUUGCUCACCUAGCCCUCGUGCCCAGGGAUCCACAGUCCCACACAAACUCAGGCAGACACGAGGCCAGACACACAGUCGCACUGGCUUCAUGCCCAUGGGCACGUGUGCACACAAACACACACACAGACACACUCACACAACCACACGGAGAACUCACAAUAGCAGCCAGAGAUGUGCACCAUCUAGCUCUCAGUCACACAAAGCAAAAGGUACAAGCAGAUCUACACACGUGAACACACUUGCACACACCACACACGCACACACGGUACCAGACACAGGCAUGCACAGACACAGAGGCACUCACUACACACGCAUGCUCAGGCAAAUGCCCACUCAGACUCGGACAGACAGACAAACACACUCAGCCACGUCCCAGGGCCACAGGGAGCCCAAGUGUGCGCCCUCUACUGCAGGCUGGGGCUCUUGGCCUCGGGCUGCCCUGGGAAGGUGGCUGUGGCCACUUCCUCUUCCCGCACCCUGCGGUGAGGAUGAAAGGCUCCCUGGUGGAGUAGGAAAGAAAGGCCUGUGACUGUCCUGGGCUCCACCCAGGUGGGAUGGGGCAGGGCAGAGAGCCCAGGGGUCUGAGGCUGCGGAAGGGAGUGGACAGUGAGCGGCUGGGCUCUGGGAGGCCUUUGUCACGGCACAGGGUGCCACCAGGUCCCCCCCGUUGAGCACCUGCUCAGCCCUGCCCCGUCCUACCCUGCGGCACCUCUGGCCCAUUCCAGAGCUGGAAGGGAAGUCAGGAGCCCCGUGAGACACUGCUGAGUGACCUUGGGCAAGUCACUCCUCAGCCCCUCUGGGCCUGGCUUUCAACAUCGAUACCAGCGGCUUGCAAAUGUUUUUGGCUGCCACCCACAGUAAGAAAUACAUUGCACCUUGCAACCAGAUGAGGAUGCAGAUACUGACACACACAGGCAACCGGAAAAAAAGUUUCAUGGAGCGAUCCUCGCCCUGGCUCUGGGCGAUGCCAGGUGAUUUCGCUAUUCCAUUUCCUUUUUGAAAGUGUUGGUGGCAACCCUCUAAUUGAAUCCAUGGCCCACGAAGAGGCAGAGGCCCGCAGUGUGAAAACACAGCUCUCUCUACAUCUGCCUGCAAUGGUCUCAGGCUAGUUCGAGAUUCAGGGAGAGCCUGGGGGAGGUAAAAGUGCUUGCAGAGUCUCAAAGGCCAUGCUCACGAAAUGCUGAUGGCUGAGGUAGACAGCAACCCAUUCUACAGAGCCCUGGGGGGGACCGGCCCCACGCAACGCCACAGCCAGGCCUCUGGCUGGCCCUGCCAAUGAUCAGGGGCUGCUGCUUCCCUUGCAAUUUCUAUCAGAAAUGAAGAAAAAAAAAUGCAGUCACUCUGAUUCAUCUCCAGGGGGUUGAUUCCUGACACAGUAGGUCGGGAAAUGUCAGGGUGAUGAUGGGAGCAGUUGGCAGAAGGCCAGGGUGGCUUCUGGCUUCUCGUUGGCCCUGAGGGGAUACUGCUGGUCGCUGCCAGAGACUGGAUCCAGUAAGGGUGAGAAGGGGCAGGCGAUAGGCCCAGCAUCUGGACCUCAAGAGCCCCCAGAAGACAGCUGGGCUCUCCAGGGCCCAGAGAUGGGGGGAGUACUGCUUAUUUCCCCCACCGAGGCCCUGAGAUGCUACUCACUCUCCUAAAACCCACACCAGACUCCAUUAACUGAGAGGACCCAGUAGCCACCUCCUGCUCUGACUCUCAGACCCCACUGCGCUGACCACGGGACCCAGCCCUAACCCAAGCCCCUGACUCGGUCUGGGGUUUGAGCUCCUUCUUCGGCCAUAGCCAGAUCUUAUUAGAAUGGCUGCCACACGUUAGGUGUUUGUCCACAUUUCCCAGGAAACAUCCCGGUGAUGGCCCCACAAGGCUGUUACAACAGCAUUCUCAUUUGCAGAGGGAAAACUGAGGCUGUGAGAGAGGAAGCGCGUUGCCCCGGGCCACAUAGCUGGUGGUUGGGGCAGGAGGGAUUUGAACCCACACCACUGGGGUGAGAACAGUAGAGGCACGGUCCGCUGGUGGCAUUACACUGUCACUCCUCAAGCAUUGAAGAGUGUGGUGCUCUUGCCUUUUUGGCCAGGAUGCCCAAUUGGCUGGGCUGUGCCAGGCAUUCCUGAGUUUCCCCAUCUCCUCUGGCCACCCCUCACCAGCCCUGGGCCUGGGACCCACCCUCUGGACCCCGGCUUCCUUCCUAGGCCCACCUGAGGACUCUGUUCAUUUUCCAGGUACCAGGGCCAGAGGAGUUGGGGAAGGAAGGAGGGAGGACAGACUGGGCAGCCGGGGGUGCCCGGAGCGCUGUUUCUGGGUCACCGGUCUUGGGGAAUUCCCCAGUGCCCGGAGAGCUGCUUACCUGGCUCCAGUAUAUAAAUCAGGCAAAUUCCCCAUUUGAGCAUGAACCUCUGAAAACUGCCGGCAUCUGAGGUUUCCUCCAAGGCCCUCUGAAGCGCAGCCCAUAAUGAAGGUCUUGGCGGCAGGAGUUGUGCCCCUGCUGCUGGUUCUGCACUGGAAACAUGGGGCAGGGAGCCCCCUCCCCAUCACCCCUGUCAACGCCACCUGUGCCAUACGCCACCCAUGUCACAACAACCUCAUGAACCAGAUCAGGAGCCAACUGGCACAGCUCAAUGGCAGUGCCAAUGCCCUCUUUAUUCUCUAUUACACAGCCCAGGGGGAGCCGUUCCCCAACAACCUGGACAAGCUGUGCGGCCCCAACGUGACAGACUUCCCGCCCUUCCACGCCAACGGCACGGAGAAGGCCAAACUGGUGGAGCUGUACCGCAUAGUCGUGUACCUCGGCACCUCCCUGGGCAACAUCACCCGGGACCAGAAGAUCCUCAACCCCAGUGCCCUCAGCCUCCAUAGCAAGCUCAACGCCACUGCUGACAUCCUGCGAGGCCUCCUUAGCAACGUGCUGUGCCGCCUGUGCAGCAAGUACCACGUGGGCCAUGUGGACGUGACCUAUGGCCCUGACACCUCGGGUAAGGACGUUUUCCAGAAGAAGAAGCUGGGCUGUCAACUCCUGGGGAAGUAUAAGGAGACCAUCGCCGUGUUGGCCCAGGCCUUCUAGCAAGAGGUCUUGAAGCGUGCUGUGAACCAAAGGAUCUCAAGAGUGAGGUCCAGAUGUGGGGGCCUGUCCUAGAGUGGCUGGGGCCCAGGGCAUGGCUAAACCCAAAUGGGGGCUGCUGGCAGACCCCGAGGGUGCCUGGCCAGUCCACUCCCCUCUGGGCUGGGCUGUGAUGAAGCUGAGCAGAGUGGAAACUUCCAUAGGGAGGGAGCUAGAAGAAGGUGCCCCUUCCUCUGGGAGAUUGUGGACUGGGGAGCGUGGGCUGGACUUCUGCCUCCACUUGUCCCUUUGGCUUCUUGCUCACUUUGUGCAGUGGGCAAACUACACAGUCAUCUACAACAGCCCUGACCACAGCGAGACAGCAGGGCCCCGGGGAGUGGACCAGCCCCUGGUAAAUGAUCACCAUCUGUGCCUUUGCUGCCCCUUAGGUUGGGACUCAGGUGGGCCAGAGGGGCUGGGGUCCCAAAGGACUCCUUGUCCCCUAGAAGUUUGAUGAGUGGAAGAUAGAGAGGGGCCUCUGGGAUGGGAGGCUGUCUUCUUUUGAGGAUGAUCAGAGAACUUGGGCAUAGGAACAGUCAGGCAGAAGUUUCCAGAAGGAGGUCACUUGGCAUUCAGGCUCUUGGGGAGGCAAAGAAGCCACCUUCAGGCCUGGGAAGUAAGACGCUGGGAGGAGGAGAGGCCCCGAAAGCUUUGGUGGGUUCUUCCUUCUCUUCCUCGUGAUCUUCCUUACAGCCUGGGAUGGCCAGGGUCUGGUGGCUGAACCUGCAACAGGGGUUUGUGGAGGUGGGUAGGGCAGGGGCAGGUUGCUAAGUCAGGUGCAGAGGUUCUGAAGGACCCAGGGUCUUCCUCUGGGUAAGAGUCUGUAAGGAGGGGCUAGGGUAGCUCAGAGUAGCAGCUCACAUCUGAGGCCCUGGGAGGCCUUGUGAGGUCACACAGAGGUACUUGAGGGGGACCGGAGGCCUUCUCUGGUCCCCAGGGCAAAGGGAUAGCAGAACUUGAGGUCAGGGUCUCAGGGAACCCUGAGCUUCAAGCGUGCUGUGCGUCUGACCCGGAAUGAUUUCUAUUUAUUAUGAUAUCCUAUUUAUAUUAACUUAUUGGUGCUUUCAGUGGCAAAGUUAAUUCCCCUUUCCCUGGUCCCUACUCAGCAAAAUAUGAUGAUGGUUCCCGACACAAGCGCCAGGGCCAGGGCUUAGCAGGGCCUGGUCUGAAAGUCGACAAUGUUACAAGUGGAAUAAGCCUUAUAGGUGAAGCUCAGAGAAGGGUCGGAUCUGAGAGAAUGGGGAGGCCUGAGUGGGAGUGCGGGGCCUGGCUCCACCCCCAUCCCCUACUGUGACUUGCUUUGGGGUCUCAGGGUCCAGGCUGCAGGGGCUGGGGCCAGUUUGUGGAGAGGCCGGGUGCCUUUCUGUCUUGGUUCCAGGGGGCUGGUUCACACUGUUCUCGGGCGCCCCAGCGUUGUGUUGCGAGGAGCACUGCUCCUGGUUGAAAUUGUGCCCCCUGGAGCAGUGGGCAAGACAGUCCUUGUGGCCCACCCUGUCCCUGUUUCUGUGUCCCCAUGUUGCCUCUGAAAUAGUGCCCUGGAACAAUCCUGCCCCAGCACCCAGCGUGCUCCCACGCAGCAGGGAAGCUCCUCCGGUGGCCCGGACACCCAUAGAGGGUGGGGGGGCCUGGCUGGGCCAGACCCCAGGAAGGUGGGGGAGACUGGGGGGAUCAGCUGCCCACUGCUCCCAAGAGGAGGAGAGGGAGGCUGCAGACGCCUGGGACUCAGACCAGGAAGCUGUGGGCCCUCCUGCCCCACCCCCAUCCCACUCCCACCCAUGUCUGGGCUCCCAGGCAGGGAACCCGAUCUCUUUCUUUGUGCUGGGGCCAGGCGAGUGGAGAAACGCCCUCCAGUCUGAGAGCAGGGGAGGGAGGGAGGCAGCCGAACCGGGGCAGCUGCUCAGAGCAGUGUUCUGGCUUCUUCUCAAACCCUGAGUGCGCUGCCGGCCUCCAAGUUCCUCUGACAAGAUGAUGGUACUAAUUAUGGUACUUUUCACUCACUUUGCACCUUUCCCUGUCGCUCUCUAAGCACUUUACCUGGAUGGCGCAUGGGCAGCGUGCAGGCAGGUCCUGAGGCCUGGGGUUGGGGUGGAGGGUGCGGCCGGGAGUUGUCCAUCUGUCCGUCCCAACGGCAAGAUGAGGAUGUGGCUGUUGAGAUUUUGGCCACACUCACCCUUGUCUAGGAUGCAGGGGCCGCCUUCCCCUUCCUGCUCCAUCUGGCUUAGCUUGGGGCAGGCUGCACUCCCCCAAGAUGGACUUCAAGAAAGACAAAUUUGCCUGGAAACCAGAGUUGCUGAUUCCACCCAGUGCGCCCCGCUGACUCACCCAUCACCUCAUCUCCCUGUGGACUUGGGUGCUCUGUGCCGAGACCACCUGGCGGCCCUGGUGGCCCUGGCUCUGAGUCACUCUCCUGCCCAGCCUGGACUCGGACCCAUGGUACCCAUCCUCAGUGCUCCCUCCAGAUCCCAUCUGGCAGCUCGGCGUCCACUCUGCACAGCAUCACUGAAUCACGGAGCCUUUGCGUGAAACAGCUCUGCCGGACCAGGAGCUGAGUUCCUCUUCCCUUUUUAUCUGCUGGUGCGGAUCACACCUGGGCCUGGCCAGAGGAAGAGAGAGGGACAGUCAUUUUGUAGUUUACCAAGAGAGACGUCUCCAGCUCUGGGUCCUUAUUUAUUAUUUAAACAUUUUUUUAAAAAGCACUGCUAGUUUACUUGUCUCUCCUCCCCAUCGUCCCCAUCGUCCUCCUUGUCCCUGACUUGCGGCACUUCCACCCUGACCCAGCCAGUCCAGCUCUGCCUUGACGGCUCUCCAGAGUAGACAUAGUGUGUGGGGUUGGAGCUCUGGCACCCGGGGAGGUAGCGUUUCCCUGCAGAUGGUACAGAUGUUCCUGCCUUAGAAUCAUCUCUAGUUCCUCACCCCAAUCCCGGCAUCCAGCCUUCAGUCUCGCCCACGUGCUAGCUCCGUGGGCCCACCGUGCGGCCUUAGAGGUUUCCCUCCUUCCUUUCCACUGUAAAGCACUUGGCCUUGGGUGACAAAUUCCUCUUGAUGAAUGUACCCUGUGGGGAUGUUUCAUACUGACAGAUUAUUUUUAUUUAUUCAAUGUCAUAUUUAAAAUAUUUAUUUUUUAUACCAAAUGAAUACUUUUUUUUUUUAAGAAAAAAAGAUAAAUGAAUAAAGAAUCUACUCUUGGUUAGC